ACUACCCCCACCACAGCGAAAGACUCCGCUAAUCAACCACUCACAAUAUGAAGUUCAUCUCCACUUUCGUCGCCCUCGCCGCCGUCUUCCUGCCCCUGACAAAGGCAGUCACCGUCUCCUACGACCAGACCUACGACAACAGCGGGCAGUCGCUCAACACCGUCGCCUGCUCCAACGGGCCCAACGGGCUCCUCUCGAAGUACCCGUGGCUCUCGACCUUCGGCUCCAUCCCCGACUUCCCGUACAUCGGUGGCGCCGCCGCGGUGGCGGGGUGGAACUCAGCGCAGUGCGGGACGUGUUGGCAGCUGACCUAUAACGGGAAGACGAUCACGGUGCUCGCGAUAGACCAUACGGAUAAUGGGUUCAACAUCGCCUUGGAGGCGAUGAAUGAUUUGACGGAUAACCAGGCUGAAUUCCUGGGUCGCGUUGACGCCACCGUGACCCAGGUCGAUGUCUCCCAGUGCGGAUUGUAAUGGAUCUACGAAGGAAGUUGAAUUUGGAUCUACGGACAUGUAUCAAUAACGAUGAUAUGGACUCACGGACCCCGGUCAGGGUUGUAUUGGAUAGUUGUAUUGCUGUGUACUAUUCCGCCCUCACUAGUGUGCCAAUUUGUAUAUGUGCUGUCGUGGAAUGUACAGGAUGGCCCGGGCGACACACCUACGCUUGAAGGACCUGUUAAGACG